AUGCAUGAGGAUUCAGUGGCGUCUUCUCUAGCAAUUCCAUCAGCUGUUAGUAAUGAUGGCACCGUGGCUGGGGAAGAUUUGUUUGAAACCACUGCUGAUGCCACUCAGACGCUGAUCUUGCCUCAUUGGUUUAAACAAUCCAAGUUCCGAAAGGCGUAUCUAAGAUCUUUCCAUGCAAGGGGAUUAAGGCCACCCCAAUGCCCCCGGCGUAUUAUUAUUGCACCACCUAUGCCAAGAUCACCAUAUCCAUGUUUAAAAUUAGCUCAGACCUCAGUGGUCUGUCAAAAGGAGGAAGCAACACCCAAACAGGAAGCUGAAGUCAGUCCUGGGGCUCCUGAAGAUGAGUCUGAUACAGAAGAAAAAAUCCAAAAAUUUGAUGCUUGGAUAUUAGAAAGAAGAAGGCUGAACGCUGAGGUGGAGGGCUCUGAGGACUUUGAAGAACGACUCAAGUACAAGGUUCCCCUCAGUAAGCAAGAAAAAGAAAAAUGGGAAAAAAUCAAGGCGUCCAGAGUAGUGAGUAAGGCUGAAAGCCAGACAGCAGAGCCCGAAGACCUCAAGCCCCCACCACCCAAGAGCCGCCAGUCCUGUCGGAAAGGCAUUGUCCCUGUGAUCAGUAUUCCCUACCCUCAAGCCCUCGUACUGCUGCUCUACCUUCUGCGCAAAAAGAAGCUCAGGAUGGUAGACUUAUUCAAAAAGUCAAAGAUGACAAGUAAGAAUAUCAAAAGAGAAGAAUUCUUUAAAGUUAUACAGGCGACUGGCGUCCCUAUCACUGAUAAGGAGCUGGAAGAUGCAUUCAUCUAUCUUACUACAUCAGCACCAAAGCCCAGGCAUUUUAUACGCAGUGAUGAUAUCGUCAAGUGUCAGAGGAUGUGGAUGCCAGCCUUGCAAAAUUAUAUCAGGGAAAGGCAUGAAGAACGUAUCCUCAAUUUUCUUGAGAAAGCUACUGCCUAUACCGUUGAAGUGACCCCUGCCGCAGAGCUGGACAAGUUAACACUGUUAGAAGUUCCUCCUGUCAACACUGAAGAGUGCAGGCCUAUGACAGAUGAAGACAUGGAGGAGGUUGGCAAGCACUAUCGAGAGUGGAGGCGAUUGAAGAAGGUGUGGAAGACAGUGAAUCCACUUGAAUGGGCAGAGCAGUGUCGGCUGGUGAGAUCUGGAGAUAGAGCUGUUGAUGACCACUGCCUGCCAUCCAUGAUGGAGGGGGAAGUAGCAGAAUCGAUUAACCGCUAUCGGCAGGUAGCUCACCGAAGCUAUGUACGGUGUGUCAAGCUGUGCAAAGAGCAAAAUAUCCCAGUCACUGAGGACACAUUGGCAAAAGUCCUGCUGCACCCAGGAGACAGAAUAAUAAAAGAAGGAAAACACAUGUUAAAGAUCCGGCAGCCAGGAGCUUACUAUAACCCUAUACCCAGUGGAGGAACCUUCCAGGCGCACCCUUGGACAGGCGGAGGUGCAUUAAAACGCUUCUGGAGAGUGGAAGAGGAGGCAAUAUAUGGACCAUAUGAUACACCGAGGGAACAAGAUGAGAAGCAGAAGACCUGGAUUUCAUCUGAACAAGAUGAGCUAGAGAGACUAGAAGAUAUACAGAUGAAACAAUAUGAAGAACAAUCCAUGUGGGUGUCAUCUAAAAGAUAUGCGCUAGAAAGACCAUAUGAUACAGAUCUGGAAGAAGAUGACGACCAGCCCGUAUGGAUUACACCUGAAGUUUACUGGCAAUUCCAAAGUCCCGCUAAGAAGAGCUCUAGAGGGAAGAAAAAAAGGGUAAGAUUUCCUGAGAUCCAGACUGGGACAGCCAAGGACGUCUUCAGAACCAGCAGAGCAUCAGAUGCAGGGCUGAGGAGAAACAGAAUGGAAAGGCAACUGCCAGUGACAUCUACCCAUUACUGCAAGACUGAAAACAAUAGAUUCUGGCCAGGUCAACAGCUGGAUAAGCUAUGUUACCUGCCCCAGACGAAGCCUGUCCAAGGACAGGCCAUGUUCAAACACAUCCAUCAAACAAAGCCUGCCUACCCCAGCAUCUACAACCCACAUCGCAGCUGGCCAAUUAAUGAGCAGGGUUACCUGACCUAUGGAGACAUUGAGAUUCAAAAGAGAUACUUCAUCUGA